AUGAGUGGCGUCAAUGAUGCGCUCAAUCUGGCCUUCCUCGGCACGGCCGCUGGAGUGUAUCUCCGACCAGAAUAUGCGAUUCUCAACUCUCGAAUUCUGACCGGCAUCAUCCUAUUUGGAAUUGUUACAGCGCUGAAAUUACUUUAUCGCCUUGUGCUUUAUCCAGAAUACUUCAGCCCGAUAAAACAUAUUCAUUCACCACCGAAUCGACACUGGCUUACAGGAAAUACAAAAUCCUACUUUCUGGAGCCCCCUUUUGAGCAUAUGCGGGAGUGGGUCACAACUAUGCCAAAUGAAGAUAUCGUUCGGUUCUACGUUGUCGGCAACCUCGAGAGGCUGUUAUUAACAAGCCCGAAGUCAUUGGGUGAACUCCUCGUCACCAAGAACUACGAUUUUGAGAAGCCAGAAAUGAUUCGCGAGAGCUUGCGACGUAUUACCGGUGAUGGCGUUCUACUUGCCGAGGGUGAUGAGCACAAGAAACAACGAAAAAAUCUCAUGCCAGCAUUUGCAUACCGCCACAUCAAGAACCUCUACCCAGUCUUCUGGGCUAAGAGUAUCGAAAUGGUGAAAAUGAUCGAAAACGACCUGAAGAACAGAGCCUCAAGCGGCGACAACACAGUUCAAGUCAGCAACUGGGCCAGCAGAGCAACCCUCGACAUAAUCGGCGUAGCAGGCAUGGAUCACGACUUCGACUCUCUCCAAGACCCAGACAACACACUCAACAAAUCCUACAGACUGAUCAUGCGCACCCCGCCCGACUGGUUGAAGCUGAUCUUCGUAUUCAGCUUCCUAAUCGGCUACCCCAGGUUAUCCCGCAAAAUCCCGUCGAAUUGGAACGAGGAAAUCGAAAAAAGCGGCGAAGUAAUUCGCAACGUCGCGCGACAAAUGAUCCGCCAGAAGAAAGCAAAAAUGGAAGACCCAGCAGCCGAAACCGGCAUCGAUAUCGUCUCUGUCGCGUUGAGCAGUGGAACAUUUGACGAAGAGAAUCUCGUCGACCAGUGUAUGACCUUCCUCGGCGCAGGCCAUGAAACGACGGCCUCGGCUCUCCAAUGGGCUGUUUACGCCCUUUGCAAAAACCCAGAUGUCCAAACCCGUCUUCGUGAAGAAGUCCGCGCCAAUCUUCCAUCCCUAGAUGAAGAAAGACCCAUCACAGCUGCUGAAAUCGAUAACCUGCCCUACCUAAAUGCCGUCUGCAACGAAGUCCUCCGCUUCCACCCCUCCGUCCCAGCCACAAUCCGGAUUUCAGUUCGCGACACUACUCUUGCUGGCAAACAUAUUCCCAAGGGAACACUUUUCAGUAUCGCUCCACAGAUCCUUAACCGGAUGGAAGAAUUCUGGGGACCAGACGCGGACAAGUUCAACCCAGAUCGGUUUAUGGGUCCUGGAAAGGCGAAUACCGGCGGGGCGGUCAGUAACUAUGCUUUCUUGACUUUCUUGCAUGGCCCGCGCAGUUGUAUUGGGCAGGGCUUUGCGAAGGCUGAGCUUGCUUGUUUGCUUGCCGCUACUGUUGCUCGGUUUGAGAUGGAAUUGAAAUAUCCGGAUGCGAAGUUGGAGGUUAGGGAGGGGGCGACUAUUUCGCCUAAGGAUGGGGUUCUUGCUAAGUUGACGAGACUGGAGGGGUGGUAG